AUGAUGGUCAAGGCUAUCCUUUUGUUCUGCGCUCAAGCGCUAAUGAUCCAAUCAAUUGCUGGGAGCUGUAUUGGCUCGCGAUUUGCUGCCGCACCGUUAGCUGAGAUUGCCGGCUCUUGCGCGGGUUCUUGGUCAGCUGCUGGACCUUUAGCUGGUCCCUGUGGUGUUGGUCCAUACGGACUGGCCACUGGUCCAUACGGACCUGCUGGUGCAGUCGCUUCCAAUGGCGGUGCUCUACCAACAUCUAGCGCAUCAGGUAUACCCGCAAGUGGAGUUUCUCUUGUAUCAGAAAAUGUUUACGAAGGAGGUCUGUCAGUCUUUGGAGCUUUGCCUUUCUUGGGAACUGUGGCAUUGGAAGGUGCUCUGCCAACGGCUGGUGCUGGAGCAGUCGCUUUCAGCGCGGGUAACGGACAAGUCGCCACGUUGAGGGAGGAUAUCGGCACCGCGUGUGGUGCUGGGCCAUACGCUGUUGAUGCUCUUGGUUAUCGCGCUGGAGCUUUCGGCUACGGAAUGGGUGCACCUGGCUUUGGUGCAACUCUCGCCGGACCUUAUGCUCGUGCUGGAUGCGGCUACGGUGUGCUCUUU